UUUUCAGAAUCUAUGGCUCUCAAGACUACCUUUUUGGUACCUUUGCUAGCUUUCACUAUCCAAAAUGUCAUCUCUCAAGGUAUGCCUGGAGGACUUACGCCGCAAAAUCCAAGCGAUCCCUCAUACAUGGAAAGUGCAUGGAAAGCAGCGAAGGAUGUCAACGAGCGUGCCAGUAACAGCAUGUAUAUGAUGGUUCCCAUAAAGGUGGUCCAGGUUCAAACUCAGGUUGUAGCAGGCAUCAAUCAAAAUAUGGAAAUACUUUAUGGUGAUUCUACAUGCAGAAGAGGAGCGAUUGCGACGUCAGCGGUGUCUGCGGCUAACUGUCAGCUGAUGCCGAAUGGAAACCGAGCCCUUUACAACGUUCAGUUAUACGCCAGACCUUGGGAAAAUUAUGAGCAAUUCACUGUCACAAAAAUCCGGGAUGUUGCUCCUGGUGAACAAAUUUGAAGGAAAAUCGUUCUUUUCAGCUGUAUGAACCGAAAUGCAAUAAAUUCUUGGCGACCUUCA